GCUGUACAGCUGGCAAUUAUACUCUCGGUCUCCGCUCUCACUCACUUUAAUUGGCACCUCGUUGGCCUCAAAUUGAACCCAGGCUUUAGAUGCUCGCAUUAACGCGGCUUGUGGAUUAAUAAUUUGAUUUUUUGUCUCAUUUUUGGCGCUGGUUCAACUUUCGACAAAGAUCUUUUUCAUCGGAGCUGCCCACUCUCCGUUGGGACCGUUAUAACCUCCUCAGCCGGCAAGACAAGUGGUUCCAAUGGACAGAUUCAAGCAUCGAUCUCAGUUGUCCAUCUUGUUACUAGGCCUGUUACUACCAUCAUGCUUCUUCCAAACCACACCACAGCCCUCAGUGUCCCCCUGCCCUCCCCCUCCUCCUCUCAGGCCGAUCGGCUCCGGGUGCGACUGACGGGAUACCCCCGAAAACACAAUGAGGGGCGGGUAGAGCUCUUUUAUAAGGGCGAGUGGGGCACUAUCUGUGACGACGACUUCUCUAUUCAAAACGCCAAUGUCCUCUGUCGACAACUGGGCUUUGUCUCUGCCACUGGAUGGACCCACAGCGCCAAGUACGGCAAAGGACAAGGUAAAAUCUGGCUGGACAAUGUAAACUGUAAUGGUGGAGAGAAAAGCAUUGAAAACUGUAGAUCUCGCGGUUGGGGAAACAGUGACUGCACCCACGAUGAAGAUGCUGGGGUGGUGUGCAAAGAUGAGAGGAUCCCCGGCUUUGUCGACUCAAACGUCAUUGAUGCCCAGGUGGAUGAGAACAAGAUUGAGGAGGUGCGGCUGCGUCCCGUGGUGAACAUGGCAAAGAAGAAGCGCCCGGUCACAGAGGGGGUGGUGGAGGUGCGGUACAAGGAUGGCUGGGCGCAGGUCUGUGAUGUGGGCUGGACCAUCAAAAACACGCGUGUGGUCUGCGGCAUGCUGGGGUUCCCACACGAGAGGAAAGUCAACAAGAACUUCUACAAGCUGUAUUUGGAGCGUCAGAAGAGUUACUACCAUGUUCACUCUGUGGCCUGCACCGGGACAGAAGAGCAUCUCGCCGCUUGCCCCCUUGAGUUCAACAAACCCAACACCACCUUCAACUGUGGGGGGUCUGCCGCUGUGGUCAGCUGUAUGCCCGGACCACUCUUCAUGCAGAACACUGGGCUCAAGAAGAAACUCAAAACUUCUACCAACGUGCGUCUGAAGGGAGGAGCGAAGGUGGGUGAGGGGCGGGUGGAGGUGCUCAAAGGUUCGGAGUGGGGCACAGUGUGUGAUGACCGGUGGAACCUGCUGUCAGCCAGUGUCGUGUGCAGAGAGCUGGGCUUUGGCAGUGCCAAGGAGGCUCUGACCGGGGCACGCAUGGGGCAAGGAAUGGGUCCGAUCUACAUGAAUGAGGUGAAGUGCGCAGGGACAGAAAAGUCAAUCUGGAAUUGUCCCUUUAAAAACAUCACAUCUGAAGACUGUCAACACACAGAGGACGCUGCUGUGCGCUGCAACGUGCCCUACCUCGGUUUGGAGAACUCGAUCCGCCUCACGGGGGGCAGGACACGAUACGAGGGUCGCGUGGAGCUGCUCAUCUCAGAUGCUAAUGGCACCGAGAGCUGGGGACUGAUCUGUGGAGAGGCCUGGACCAACAAAGAGGCAACUGUGGCCUGUAGGCAGCUGGGGCUCGGCUACGCUAACCAGGCUAACCAAGAAACAUGGUAUUGGGACAGCAGUAAUGUGACUGAGAUGGUGCUGAGUGGAGUGAAGUGCACUGGUAGUGAGAUGUCUCUGAGUCAGUGUCAACAUCACAAAACUGUGAGCUGCCAGAGAGCUGCUGCUAAGUUCGCCGCUGGAGUCAUCUGUUCCGAGACGGCAUCUGACCUGAUCCUGAAUGCCCCCCUGGUGCAGCAGACUGUGUACAUAGAGGAUCGGCCUCUGCACAUGUUGUACUGUGCAGCUGAGGAGGACUGUCUGUCUAAAACUGCUGCAAAAGCAAACUGGCCGUAUGGACAUAGACGGCUGCUGCGCUUCUCCUCACAGAUUCACAACAUCGGCCGAGCUGACUUCAGACCCAAAGCAGGGCGCCACUCAUGGGUCUGGCACGCCUGUCACGGUCACUACCACAGCAUGGACAUCUUCACUCACUAUGACCUGUUAAACUCCAACGGCACCAAAGUGGCAGAGGGACACAAAGCCAGCUUCUGCCUGGAGGACACAGACUGCCAAGAAGGCGUUUCUAAGAGGUACGAGUGUGCUAACUUUGGGGACCAGGGCAUCACGGUGGGCUGCUGGGACUUGUACCGCCACGACAUCGACUGUCAGUGGAUCGACAUCACUGACGUCAAACCUGGAAACUACAUUCUACAGAUUGUGAUAAAUCCAAAUCAUGAAGUGGCAGAGAGCGACUUCACCAACAACGCCAUGAAGUGCAACUGUAAAUAUGACGGACAUCGGAUCUGGCUCCACAACUGUCACACAGGUGAUGCCUUCAGUGAAGAAGCAGAGAAGAAGUUUGAGAAAUACCCUGGUCAGACCAACAACCAGAUUUCAUAAUCAGAAAUAACAUUAGUUUUAGUAACUCAGCAGAAGGUGAAUUUUGUAAGAUUUUAUACUUGAAUAUUCAAGUGCUAUUAAGUCAAUUCACGGGUUUCAGUGUGAUUAAAAAAACAUUGUUGUUGUUGUAGCAAAUGACAAUUAAAAUGAUGGAAAGCUCUCAAAAUGGUGCCUAUAUACACAGAAAGGAGAAACCCAUGAAAAUGUCUCCAACAGGAUUUUAGUGAAUAGUCUGUACAUGAGUUUGAAUGUUUCAUCAAGGCUUUAAAAUGUCAGAUGUUUACACAGAAAAAACAAAAGUAUUAGUAAUUUUUUGUUAUCAUGUUGUUUUGAAUGAGAGUACUGCUCAAUGGAGUUUUACAAUUGUCAGUUCAGUUUUUGUAAUAUCUGAUUUCUAGUGAUUUUUCCUCCACUGAUAAAUUGUGUAUGUAUUUAUUUGAAAUGAAGGUGCUCUGAAGUCAAUUUGAAGCCGCUGUAGAGUUAUUUUUGUUUUAUAAAGUUUCAUGGUCUAGAAAAACUACCAAUUUAAAAUACAGUUAUGAUAUAAAACAGAUGUAACAUUCUUCACAAAAUAAAAUGAUCUCAACUAC